AUGCUAGAUAAUGGGAUAGAAAGUUCUUGGUCGUCGCCACUCCAUUUAGUUACAAAAAAAGAAAAUGGUUGGCGUCCUUGCGGAUACUACAGAAUGCUAAACGCUCGAACAGUGCCCGACAGAUAUCCGAUCAGGCACAUUCAGGACUUUGCACAUAGUAUAUCUGGUUGCAAAAUUUUUAGUACAUUGUACUUAGUCAAGGCUUACAACCAAAUACCAGUUAGUCCUGAAGAUGUACCAAAAACUGCAAUAACAACGUCUUUUGGACUCUUUGAGUUCCCAUUCAUGGAUUACGGUUUACGGAAUGCUGCACAAACGUUCCAGAGGUUUGUGGAUGAAAUGACAAGGGAACUCGACUUCUGCUAUUGUUAUUUGGAUGAUUUUUUAAUUUUUUCAAAGAACGAGGCACAACAUGAACAGCAUUUGCGUGCAAUUUUUCAAAAACUAAAAGAAUAUGGUAUGCUAAUUAAUACGUCUAAGUGUGUUUUUGGUGCUCGAGAAGUAUCCUUUUUGGGACAUCACAUCUCGGCAUCAGGCACCAAACCACUAGACACUAAAGUUGAAGCCAUAAAAAACUUCCCAUUGCACACCAAUGUUCGUCAACUUCGACAUUGGGCAUGGUCAAUUUUUAUAGGCGAUUUUUACCACGUGCUGCAGAAAUACAAGCACCGCUUAACGCCUUGUUGA